UACUACAUUCAUUCUAAUUAUACUAAUAGCAAAUGAUUCGUAGCUCCGUCAGUAAAUACAGUAAUAGGCUGGCGGAGAUCAAGCGAAAGUUUUUAAUUUUCUCAAGAAUUCAGAAAGUUGAGAUUGUUUUCCUCGAUCAAAGUGUUUCGGUGAAGCCUUGAGGGUAUGUUGCGGGGGGGGGCUGUGGGCGUGACCAGCCGGGAGCAGCAACAGGUCCGGGACGAGACCAAAUCGAUACCGGGAUGCUGGGACAUGCGCAUCUCACAGUGCACACACCAUGCGCUCUCUGAUACUCAUCUCGCUGUCAUUACUCACAUCAGAAGGUGAUUGUGACUUGUUAAGAGACAGCGUCCAUGUCACGUCCGCGGCGGCCCGGCCCAACAACGAGCUCUGGUGCUACAGAUGCCUCGCCGAGGUGCCGGAGGACAAAUGUGCGGACCUCCGCCAGAACAACUCCGCACUCAUACACAAAUGCCACAACGAUCGGCGGGUGUGCAUGGUCAAACGCUUCUCAUAUACAACUUCCACUGAAAACUCCACAACAGCACUAAAGAUGUGGGCCUUGGAGCGAAACUGUACUAAGCACUGCGAGCCGGGCUGCAUCAUUAUAGGGGAGAGGACCAAACUCCACGCAUGCACCUCAUGCUGCACCACAUCUCUAUGCAAUCAUGACUCGGGAACGACCCGGAGAACCAUAGACAUCCUCACUACAAUUCUGUCUCUCAUACUUCUAACCUUAUGAUUGCCUUAUUAUAAUUACUAUUAUAGUUAGGGAAUAAAUAAUUCGAUUGUUCGUCACACUUAAAGAAAUCGGUGCAUCAUUUCCUUAUUUCAAUCAUACUAAUACACAUAAUUAGAUACUGCUUUACUUUAUAAACACAUAUUAAAAUAAUUACAGGAAGUUUGCAUCAGUAGCAAAUUUAUUAUUAAAUAUAAUGACUCGAUUAUAUACCGUGUAGGUAUAUAUGAGUUGAAAUUAUAUUUUAAAUGCAAAAAUCUGAAUUUAAAUAAGUUUUAUUUAAAGAGUUCAUAACAGUCCUACAUUAGGCUUUUAGGAAUAGAAAAAUUGAAAAAGUUACUGCACAGAAAAAAUAAUUCGUUAUGUUUGUAUGGACUGAUGAUGAAUGACGUAAUUGGUUGAAUCUUUUUAUUUUUUUUAUUUUGAUAGCAUAUCCUUCUGCACUCCAAACUUUCUUCGAGAUUUUCAUGUAAGAAUAAUAUUGAUAUUUAGUUAGAGUGAUAAAGCCUAAUACUGACACGCAAAGUAGGUACAUACAGUUACGAUAACAUUUUAAAUACAUAUAUAUCUGUGACUAUCUAAGUUUAUAGCUAACCAUAGAAUUGAUCUAUAUGUUUCAAAAUUCCAUAACUUAAACAUUAACGACCAGUGCAAGUUAUUUACAGUCCUAAUAACAGAGUCAUAAAAUAUUCUAGUCAAUUAAAAUAAGAAUUAAUUUAAGAAAUAGCAUAAAAAAAUAUAAUAGGUCCAAGAAUCUGCUAGUUUUAGAAUUAAAGUCAUGUUAUUUGUCAACCGGAUAAAAAAAAGAAGUAAAUUACAAUCACUUGUAUUUUUCGUAUUGAACUUGAUUUGAUGAUUUUUUUUUUAAUUGAAAAGUUUUUCUCCUGUUGAUUCCAUGUUAAUUUUGUCAACUUAAAAUAGAUUUUUUUGUGGGACAAAAUUUUAUUCCAUCCAUUCUUCCAUUAUUUUAUUUGAAGAUAUAUAAUAAGACAUUCUUUCUACAGCAAUAAGUCAUUUCUGUAUUAAUUCAUAAGUACCUAUAUGUACCUACCAUAGUUAUGUAUUUAUCUAAAGACACACAAACUUGUAUUGUCAUAAAUAGUUCAAUGUUAAAGUAACAUGAUAAAUUUAGAGCAUUUAAAAAUGAAACUCUAAAACGAAUCAUAAUUCGAUUAAUCUGAAAUAAUAUAGCGGACUAUGCAAGUAAUCCAGUUCUUGUAACGCUCAUUAAAUGUUUCUGCAAUGCAAAUGCAAACCCAAGCAGUUGUAAUAGACCAUUUAGAAUCCACAUUAUCUUUAGAAACUGUAUUGAGCUAUCAGUAUUAUAUAAAAUUCAUUGUCAAGAAAUCAGAUUUAAUGAAAUGCCUUUUAAAAAAUAAAACUAACGGUCGUUCCCAA